AUGAUGAACGUGAUUUCCAAUAUUUUCAAGGCAGCUAAGGUGCCGGUGCAGCAGCAACCAUUUAUAGCUUUUUCAUUUCGUCUUCUAAGCAACGAAGCGUCAUUCCAAACGAAACCAUAUAAGCUACAUCGACUCGAAUCCGGCCCGUCCGCAAAUGUCAGCGUUACAAGAGAUGAUGCUGUGGAUUACUACCGAAAAAUGGCGAAAAUCCGACGAAUGGAAACAGCAGCUGGCAAUCUGUACAAGGAGAGACUAGUUCGCGGUUUCUGCCAUCUGUAUGCAGGACAGGGGCACGGACGACGCACCGGUAAUGUGCAUGGAAAAGGUGGUUCGAUGCAUAUGUACAAUAAAAAUUUCUUCGGCGGCAACGGAAUUGUCGGCGCUCAACAGGCAAUUGGUGCUGGUUUAGCGUUCGCACAAAAGUAUAAUAAAAAGAAGAACGUCUCCUUCACCUUAUUUGGCGACGGUGCCGCAAAUCAAGGACAACUUUAUGAAGGUUGUUAUUUUUGGUGCGUUUCUAAGAUGCAUUAGAU